AGUUGUCACAUCAUACUGUGUAAAAUGGAUCACUUAAAAGGACGUGUUGCCGUGAUCACAGGAGCUAGCGCCGGUAUCGGGGCGGCAACAGCUAUUAAAUUAGUUGAAGCCGGCCUCACGGUUGUGGGAAUAGCUAGGAGGCUGCAUAGACUUCAGGCUUUAAAAAAAAUGAUGGAAGAAAAAAAUUUCAGUGGUCAGUUUUUUGUAGUGACGUGUGAUUUGACGAACGAAACAGACAUAUUGAAUGCUUUUAAAUGGAUUGACGAAAAUAUUGGUGGUAUACAUUUUAUGGUCAACAACGCCGGAAUACUAAGGAUAUCUAAAAUUAUAGACGGUUCGACUGAACAUUGGCAUGAAUUAAUCGACUGUAAUGUAUUAGCACCUGCAAUCUGUUCGAGGGAAGCUUAUAAAUUGAUGAAGAAGCAUAACAUUAGUCAUGGACACAUUAUACAAAUCAACAGCAUUACGGGCCAUUCAUAUUCAAUUAAUCCGGGUAACAAGAUUUACAAUGCGUCUAAACAGGCUCUUAGAGUACUGACCGAAGGUCUCCGUCACGAAUUGGCUGCGGCCGGUGAUGGCCACAUCAAAGCUUCCAGCAUCAGUCCCGGUUUUGUCGAUACAGAAAUUUUCGAUGCAGCCAAUAUGUCACACAAUAAAAUGAAGGGGUCUGAAAUCUUGAGCGCAGAAGAAAUGGCCGAUAUGAUCUGUUUUGUCUUAUCAACCGGACCAAAUAUAUUAAUCGCUGAAAUGGUUGUUCUAAGCCAAGGGCGUACCAUCCAAUCGUAUCCACGCGCAUAACAUGUAUGUAGCCAACAAACCGAAAAGUUAUGUUUCUCUACAUAUAUGAAUAAAAUAUAAUCACGUCAUGAUAAUGUAUUUAGAACGAAUUUCACUGUUAUCGUUCUAAUAAUAUAAAAUAUUAACACUAAAGAAUAAAUGUAUGAUAGGUAUACGUAAAAAUUAUUUAAUACUAAACCGAUUUGCUACACAAACAUAAGCUAUAAGCCUAUAUAAAUUAAAAUAUCAAUGUAUAACAAACUUAAAAUAAUUGUCUAAUU